UCUGUUUGCCAUGAAUAUCAGCUAGCUAGCCACCGACAGCUGUUAGUACACUUGAGUAAAAUCAUCCAUGUCAAGGCAAAAGAGGGAAUAUCGAAGUCUUGUGCUGCUUCUGUGUACAAAUAGGGGCACACCUUCCUGCCUCCAAGCCUACUGUGAAUCGAUCCAGCUGGCUCAGUGACAAGACCAGAGGACGUUGGCACCAUUGUGUGCCAGUAGAUUUCAAGAUACUGGGAUUUUUGAAUCCAGAAGAUGAACGGUCUGUCCAUACGAGAGCUAUGCUGCCUCUUCUGCUGCCCCCCAUGCCCAAGUCGCAUUGCAGCCAAACUGGCUUUCCUCCCCCCAGAGCCCACCUAUGCUCUUCUCCCUGACCCAGAUCCAGUUUCUGGGGCUGGAGCGGCAUCUGGGUCCACGUCUGCGACUGGUCUCCCUUCUCUCGGAGCCCCUGGACUUCGCUCUCGACUCAGCACUGCUAGCGGAGGUGACAGAGGAGGCGGCGGCGGUGGUGUUGGAGGUGGUGGCGGUGGUGGAGGAGGAGGUGGUGGUAGCAGCAGUGGCAGUGGUGGUGGCAGCAGUGUUGGGAGUGAGGGCAGGUGGAAGCUGCAUCUCACAGAGAGAGCAGAGUUCCAGUAUUCACAGAGAGAGCUGGACGUGACGGAUGUAUUCCUGACCAGAUCUAGCCGAGGAAACAGGGUUGGAUGCAUGUACAUUCGCUGUGCCCCAAAUGCCAGGUUCACUGUUCUGUUUUCCCACGGUAAUGCAGUAGACCUGGGCCAGAUGAGCAGUUUCUACAUCGGAUUAGGGACCCGCAUCAACUGCAACAUCUUCUCUUAUGAUUACUCAGGCUACGGCGUUAGCACUGGCAAGCCUUCUGAGAAGAACUUAUAUGCUGACAUUGAUGCUGCCUGGCACGCCCUGCGCUCAAGGUACGGCAUCAGCCCUGAGAAUAUCAUCCUGUACGGACAGAGCAUCGGCACGGUGCCUACAGUUGAUUUGGCAUCGCGGUUUGAGUGUGCUGCUGUGGUCCUCCACUCUCCUCUCACCUCCGGCAUGAGGGUUGCCUUCCCCGACACUAAGAAAACAUAUUGCUUUGAUGCUUUUCCAAACAUCGAGAAGGUGUCAAAGAUCCCAUCUCCAGUGCUUAUCAUUCACGGUACAGAGGACGAGGUGAUCGACUUCUCCCACGGCCUGGCUCUGUUCGAGCGCUGUCCCAAGGCCGUGGAGCCGCUCUGGGUGGAGGGAGCGGGCCACAACGACAUUGAGCUUUACAGUCAGUACCUGGAGAGGCUACGACGCUUUAUUAACCAGGACCUGGCUGCACAGCAUGCCUGAGAAACACACAGCCUCUCUGUGUUUGUAUGAAUGAGACUGUGUGUGUGUAUUUGUGAAUACGUGGGGGGGUGGGUGGAUAUAGGCAUGUUUGCAUAGAAAUAUGGGUGAAGGGAGGGGGGGGCUCUAAAGGGGUUGUGUGAUUUUUGGUCACAUCUGUGUGUCUUGAAGCAGCACACCUUCAGGUUAAACACAAACACAAACUAUGUUCUGUUUCCUGUUUUAAAGGUUAGAACAUUUUUAAUAAGGAUAGAUGACACUACAGUAGAUAAAGAAACAACCUCACAGGUGCAGUUUUUAAUGAGGGAAGAGUUUGAUUUGCAGCUUUAAAAUGUCUUCACCUGGUUCACGGUGUGCGUUGUCGCAAAAAAAGGCAUACAGAUGUAAUGGUGAAGUGUCUGGUGGUGAAUGUGUGUGCUAACACUGUGAGUGUUGCUUGUAUAGUCAUACCCCCAUGGACCUAUGACACCUGAAUAAUGUGUUCACACGUUUGUGUGUGGGUGAGCGCUGAUAGAAAUGAAGGACAUCCUGAUGACUUGGACAUCUGAGAGUGGAGGAGGCUUAUGGAGAUUUAUCAGAUAUUGGUGUUUUUUUGUUUGUUUUGUUUUCUGUGUCUGUAUGUAUGAAGAAUACCUCCACAGCUUGACCAGUUCUCUCUCCUGUGGACAAACACUGGUCAAGCACGUGCACCCUUCCUCCUCCCCUCCUUGUUUACUGUUAAUGAACAUCCAUCUGACUGCCAGGGCAUUUACCAAGUUGUCCAGCAAACACUACCCUCCUCCUUUUUUGUGUGGUUUUGGGGGUCCAUCUCCUGUCCUUUGGUGUCAGUUAUGGUGGAAAUGCAAGGGACAAGCCUGGAGUACUGUCACAGUGUUAUGGCUCUUAGGUGUCUCAUACAUUUCUUUUCUUAUUUUGUCUCCAAAAAGAUCAAAGAAUGGUGAGCCUCCCUGUUAUUUCCCGGCUGUUACAUUUGACUGUCUGCAGAAUUGCAGCUACAUGCCACAGGGAACUAUUUUAAUUUCUUUUUUUUCAUGUAUAGUUUGACAUUUUUCAUACUCAUUAAUAAGUGGUUGAAAUGGAAAUAAGCCUGUCAGAAGGCACAUUAACAAUACUGCUAUAGAAAAGCAGGUCUACUCAGUAUUUCUCACCUCGCAUUUUAACAGAAAUCUGUUGCCCAUCAGGUACUAAUGAAUGACGUUAAGAGGUUGGAGUGCAUGGGUUUGGCAAGAUUUAAGGAAAGGUUUGGCAAUUUGGGACACACAUACAAUUGUCCCAGAAGGUGACUGCACCCAGAAAAGAAGUUGUCCAGCCUGUAACACCCCAUAAAACAACUGCAUGUCACAUACAAAGGGUUAUAUAGUAAGGGUUAUAGUGGCUGCUGAGUGGAUUUUGUCACCUUUGCUUAGAGCCAGGCUGGCUUCCCCUCCACUUUUCCAGUCUUACUUGUAAGCUGGUAAUUGCUGGUUGUCGCUUCACAUAUAUAUACACAGGUGUGUCAUUCAUCUCAUGUGACUUCCAGCAACAACAACGACAAAAAAAGAAGCAAAUAUGCACAUUUAGCAGAUGUCAGAUUGUACAUUUUAAGCCUGGAGUGCAGCUGUUGAGAAGGUUGUGAAUAAUUGUAGUUUCUUCUGGUGAAUUGUGGAGAUUGAUGCUCUGGUUGGAUUCAGAGGCUCUAAAGGAAUAAGGAGACAAAAUAGCUGCUCAUUUCCCCCUAAACCAUAAGAUGUUAUGUUCAUUUUAUUCUGAAUUACCGUGCUUCAUUAGAAGUGUACUGAGAAUUUGUAGUCUUACAGCACAAGUUGAUUUCGAUGUCUUGUUACCGUAGCACUCAUCACCAGGGUUAGUCAGCCUCCGCACAUUUUUAAAAAAAAAUUUUUGUAGCGUGUUUUUGUUGUUGUUUUAUUUCUCGUCAUGAUUGUAAUGUGUUUGUUUUAGAAUGGGCCAUGGGUUGUUUCAGAACCACGCAUGUUAAUGGUAAAGGCUAACAGUGCGAUUCGGAUCAGGUUGCCGUGAAGGGAGAUCAUGUCUACUAGCUCUGGUUUAACCUCCGUGGCCCUAAAUGUACAGGAGCUCUU